UACUACUCUUGCGCUGCUGAAAACGAAAAACUGAAAUUUUCCAAAAUCGUGACAGUUUUUUUGAUAAAAUACAACUGGAUAUGGAAGGAAUAAUUCAACCAUUUAGUGUGAUGGUGGCUGUCUGCAGAAAUAGAGGAAUAGGUUAUAAGGGAGAGUUGCCCUGGCCUCAUUUUAAGUCAGACUAUGAAUACCUCACUGCAACUGUCAAUAGAUGCCAGCCAGGCAAGCAAAACGCUAUCAUUUGUGGCCGUCAUACAUGGUUUGAUACAGGAGAUGGAAAAAAUAACACAGCACGGUACAAUAUAGUCAUCAGCAAAACAUUGAGUUCUUAUUUUUCUAGUCAAGCUCCUGAAGGAUCAAACUACCUUGUCCCCUCCCUCCAUGAUGCACUUGUCCAUGCCUCAAACCUUGAUUACAUUGAGAAUAUUUGGAUCUUUGGAGGAGAAGGUGUUUAUGAAGGAGCUAUAAAGCACCCCAUGUGCCAGAAAAUCUACAUCACUAGAAUUGAGGCUGAUUUUGAAGCAGACAGGUUCUUCCCUGAAUUUGAGAAUGACUAUGAACUAACAGAUGACCCAGCUGGGGUAUUAACUCAGGUGGAGAGAGGUGUUACAGUGAAGUUCGAGGUCUAUCAGAGGAAACAGAAGCAGCUACUUUGAUUAUAAAUCAGCUGUCUUACUACUACAUGCAUUCUUUAUUAAUUAGUAA